CGGAGCUUUCUCGCUGUCGCAUUCACCGUGAGCUCCGAGAUCUGACUCCGGGGCGAGCAUUCACCAACACCAACCGACCAACAUGCAUUGGAUUGCUUGCUACAUUUGUCGACUCGCAGCAGUAGCCGUCCUUGUAUAAAAACCCUCUCAGCCUUCGUCUUCCCUCGUUUUUUUCCCAUGCUCAUUUUCUUCCUUGCCGCAUUCGACCGAGCUUGCUGGCUCUAAUCCGAGCUCCGAAGAGCUCCCCCGAUACCAAAAAAAUGGCAACGCCUGCCAGGACGCUCUGUCAAGCCUUCCUCCGAGCUGGGUCGGUUGCCCGGCGACGGACUAACGGUAUACCUCAACAGGUCCGCUGCCUCAGCAGACAGUCUUACCGCCCCAGUACCCCCCCAGCCUUCCGACAAUGCACCAGCCCAUCGCAACAAUGCGCUGCGCUCCUUCGCCGGCCGCAGUUCAGGGCGAUCUCGACUUCGAGGGCAUUGUUGCACGGGCAUAUCGAUCCACCGAAGCCAGGUGAAGAGCUCUACGUCACGUUUAUCGACAAGGAGGGCGACGAACACAAGUUUGCCGUAUCGGAGGGCGACAACCUUCUGGACAUAGCCCAGGCAAACGACCUGGAAAUGGAGGGUGCUUGCGGCGGUUCCUGCGCAUGUUCCACAUGCCAUGUUAUUGUUUCCGACCAGGAUUACUACGACAAGCUGCCCGAGCCCGAUGACGACGAGAACGACAUGUUGGACCUGGCAUUCGGCCUGACUGAGACCAGCCGCCUGGGAUGCCAAGUCAUCAUGAAGAAGGAGCUGGACGGGUUGAAGGUGAAGCUGCCGUCCAUGACGAGGAAUCUGCAAGCUAGUGACUUCCAGUGAGGACUCAUCAUGGCUGGUAUGGGCGCAGGUCCGAGAAAGGCGGUCUUGGGAAAACGCCGCGGCCAGGUCUAGGUGGCGUAUAGACCCUAAUUGAUUUGGGCUGGGGCAUCUUCAUUUACCCGCAUGUUCUGGGGUGUUCGGGAAGCUCGGUUGGGCGGAGAUGGGACGCUGAACGGCCGGAUGCGCUCAACACUGAGCAGACUUGUACUUAUAUACCGGGUAUCGGCGCAUGAGAGACUCUUCUAAAACGGUCGAAGCUGCCAUCACAACUCCUACCCUGCUCCCUUCCAAUGAA